AUGGCAGAUAAACAGCUUAAACAGUCAGUUACGGUUCAGGAUGUAUUUAUAUCGGCAAUAACAUCGUCUCUUGCUUCAAGUUCUCCUAAAGGGGAUCUUAAUUCCUCUCAAAUACCUUUUGAUGAUGAUGAUUCAUCUGUAGCACCUUUUUCUCUACAUAUUUUAACACAAAAUUUUAAAAAGAUAUCUUCUAGGAUUGGAAUCCUAUUUCAAGCUAGAGAUAAAUUAGCAUCAAUAUUUCAAUGGGAAAACCCCUAUAAAACUCUCUCAUUUUUGUGUAUUUACACGUUAAUAUCUAUAAAUCCAUCUCUUAUUCUUAUGAUUCCUUCUACAAUAUUUAUAUUUGGGCUUCUUUUACCAUCUUAUGAGGCUCGCUAUCCAGAUUCUUAUUCUGAUAUUUUUUCUUUAAAUAACAAAGAUAUUAUAACUUCUAAAAAAUCUAAUACAAAUGGAAAGCCAUCAGAGGCAAAGGAUUUUACUAUUAAUAUAAGAAAUAUUCAGAAUUCUAUGUCGGAAUAUACACAUUUUUAUGACUUAAUUUAUGGCUUUCUUUUAAAAUAUACUAGUUUCAAUGAUGAUAAAUUAAGCUCAACUGUUUUUCUUUUUUGCAUUAUUAUAUCUGUUUUUCUUAUAUUAUUUUCUCAUUGGAUACCUUUGCGUUUAAUAUUUUUAUUGUUCGGAUGGAUUUCAGUUUUAUCUAUAAAUACUGAUGUUCAAAAAGCUAUUAAGGCUUUAAUUGAAGAAUAUAAAAAAAAUCGACUACAGCUUGAAUCAGAUUUAUUCUUUAAUUAUGAUUAUAUAUACAAUUGGAUUGAUUAUAAUUAUAUAGCACCAGAAAUUCCAAAAAAAACUAUUUUCGUGGAAAUAUUUGAAUUUGAAUUAAAAACAGAUCAAAAAAACGAGAAACUUAUUUAUUAUUCAUCAAAUCCUUAUGCAUUACCACCUAAUAAAACAUCUACACCAGCAGAAGAAGGAUUAAGAGAACUUCUAUAUGAUGAUUCUUCUAUUACUGGAUCUAUAAAUUGUAUUCAUCCCCCGGAAGGUUACAAGUUUGAAAAAAAUAGUUUUUGGAAAGUAGACGAUAAUAAUACAGAAAACUUGUCUAUUAAUUUAAAUCAUAAGGAUUGGCGUAGAAGAAGACUCAGAAGAGAAGUGGUCUUAUCAUAAUAGAUUAUUUUUUUUAUUAAUUAUAUUAUGUUUUCAUUAUAUAUUACUAAUCAUUGAGCCUUCAAAAUUUUUUAUUUAAAGC